GUUAUUGAAACUAUACAAAUGCGAUCGAACGUACUGAAACGAGAUUCAAAAGCAAUUGAAGAAUAUUUAUUACAAUAAUAAUUGACAUAGUUCAAAAAAAAGAAUAAACGAUAAAAAUCAUUCUUGUUCAGACAGUAUUCAGUUAAAAGUUAGGAAGCAAUUUAAUAUAAAGUAAAUAUAUGCUUCAAAACAAAAACAAAUUUAUGAAUUAGUAAUAUAAAUUAUUCUAUUUUUUUCUUAUGAUGUUUCAUUUCGAUUGAAUUUCAAAAUAUUAACUUAGUAUAAAAUAUCAUUUACUUUCUUCAAUGAGUAUAUUUUUUCAAAAAGGAUUAAGUAACACAUUUAACAAAAUAUAUAAUACUAGGAAGUUUUACGUUUUUAUAAAACAACGAAAGGAAGUGAAUUAAGAAUAAUGCGACAAAUACAUAAAAAUUUCAAUAUAGUUUGUUUAUUUGAUGCCUAUAUUAAUUCCGAAGAAAAUACAGAUAUUGAACAAAAACUUCGUAUAUUGAAUUAUAAUUUACAAAUAUUUAAAGAACUCGAUCAAUGUGAACAAUAUAUUCAAUCUAUUUCUUCAAGUAAUCAACUUAUUUUCAUCGUUAGUAAUAAUUUUGGUCAAGAAUUAAUACCACAAAUUCAUCAACUUUCACAAGUUUAUUCAAUUUAUAUUUAUUGUCAUCACGAACAAGAAUUCAAUCAACAUUGGACUGAACAAUAUAAUAAGGUGAAAGGCAUUUAUUAUGAAAUUGAUCAAUUGAUUGCAUCUAUAAAAAGUAAUGAAGUAGGAAUUAGAGCGAUCACUGCUGUAGAUGAACCGCUUUCUAUGAGUAUUUGUAAUGUAUCUAAUGAUUAUGAACAAACAACAAGUGACCUCGAUGGUCGAUUUGUUCAUUCACAAUUACUUAUCGAUUGUCUUCUACGAAUGGAACCAUUGUCAACAGAUAAAAAUGAAUUUAUUUCAUUUAGUCUAAAUGAAUAUCAUGAUAAUGAAGAUAUGUUAAAGAUUAUUAAAGAAUUUGAAGAUGAUUAUUCAACAGAUCGUGUAAUAUGGUGGUAUACAAGAGAAACAUUUAUUUAUCGAUUAUUAAAUAAAAGUCUUCGUAUUCAAAAUAUUGAUUUAUUAUUUACUCUUCGAUUCUUAAUUCGUGAUCUAGAACAACAACUUCAACAACAUCAAUGUUCAUCACCGAUAACUGUUUAUCGAGGUCAAUUAAUUUCCACUGAAGAACUUGAAUUGUUAAAACAAUCAAAAGGCAAAUUAAUUUCAAUGAAUUCAUUUUUAUCUACUAGUCUUAAUCGUAAUACAGCUCUUGUCUAUCUUAAUACGAAUAUGAAUGAUAAUACUAGAUUACAACCGAUAUUAUUUGAAAUAGAUGCUGAUCCCUGUCGAAAUGAUAUUAAACCAUUUGCUAAUAUUUCAUCAUUUAGUUAUUUUCCUACCGAAGAUGAAAUUUUAAUGAUGUUAGGAUCCGUUUUUCGUGUCAAUAAUCUCUAUCUUGAUGAAGAUCAAAUAUGGAUAAUGAAUAUAACUCUUUGUAGUGAUAAUGAUCAUGAUUUAAAAUCGAUUGUUGAUUGUAUGAAAAAUCAAUAUGGUUCCGAACAAACUAGACUUCUUUUAUUCGGACAUGUACUUGUUGAUAUGGCUUAUUUUGAUGAUGCAGAAAAAUAUUAUCAUCGAUUACUCAAAGAUUUAUCUUCUGAUGAUAAAGAUAUUUGUAAUUGUUAUCAUGCAUUAGGUAAAGUUACUUGUGAAAAAGGUAAUAUAAAACAAGCAUUAGAUUCAUAUGAAAAAGCAUUGGAUAUUUGGAUGAAAACGUAUAAUAAUGAUAAACAUGAAUAUGUUGCUUGGUGUUUUAAUAAUAUUGCAAAUAUCUAUGUUAUGGAGAAGAAAUAUUCGGAAGCACUUGAAUAUCAUAAAAAAGCAUUAGAAAUUAAAGAAAAAAUUCUCCCAUCAUCACAUCCAUGUUUAGGUAAUACAUAUCUUAAUAUUGGUAAUGUUUAUUAUCAUAUUGGUCAAUAUGAUACAGCAUUAAAGAAUUAUGAAUUAUCAAAGAAGACCUAUGAAAUUUCUCUUACUCCUCAACAUCCUUCGAUUGCAAGUGUAUUGAAAAAUAUUGGUAUUAUUUGUGAAGUUAAAUGUGACUUUUCUGAAGCUAUGAAGUGUUAUAAACAAGCAUAUUCUAUUCGUCAGACAUGUUUUUCUUUAUCACAUCCAGAUGUAAUUGAUAUCAAACAAGAUAUUGAACGUAUAUCAAAUAAAUAA